GGAAGAUUCCAAUCCACUGACGAUGCCUCAUGAAGGUGAAUUACAUUAAACUUUCAGCAUUGGAUGAAUUGUUGGAAUUUUAUUGUUUGUAUUAUUAGUACAAUUUAUAUUGUUCCUUCUCAGAAUAAGGAAACAGCUAACUUGAAAAUUACCCACUCCCUGUCUAAAGCCCACUGGUUUUGCCUAUUAGGUUGUCCAUCAUGAACUUCUGGCUCUUUCUGGGCAGUGUGGCGGUAUCUAUUCUGGCUGCAGCCUCAACAGGCACAUUUGAUUCGAAAUUGGAUGAAGACUGGAAAAAUUGGAAAUCACAACAUGGGAACCAGUACAUCAAGGAUGAGGAGAGCUACAGGAGAAUGAUAUGGGAGGACAAUAUGAGAUACAUCGAAAAACACAACAUCGAACACUCAUUGGGAAAACACACAUCUAAAGUGGGAAUGAACAAAUUUGCAGCUCUGGUGUGUACAGGAUGUAUCGUCUGAGAUCUAUUUGAUGCUGGUCAUUGUGAAAUUGUGAAGCUAUAUAAUUGUGAAGUUAUAUUCAGCUACAGGAGCAGCACUUGGACAUUUGGUCCUCCAAGCUGACUCACUCAUUCAGUACACUCAAUGACUGAUCUCACUUUACUCCAAAUUGUUGAUUCCUUC